AUGGCACAAUCUAAUUGUCAGGGCAGGAGAGGUGGGGUGUUGAUGGAUCCACUCGAUCUCACAUCCAAUAUGUGGGACCUAUGUGCCAACACUGAUUUGGCACAUUCCAUUUAUAUUCCUGUGGAUUGGCUUGAAACUGAUCAAGCCCACAUCUUCAAAGCUAACUUACCUGGUUUGAAAAAAGAGGAUGUGAAAGUUCAAGUGGAAGAUGAAUGUGUUAUGCACAUAAGUGGAGAGUGUAAGAAGGAUGAGGUGAACAACAAUGACAAGGGGCAUCGUUUGGAGAGACCACAUGGCCCUUUCUCUCAUCGCUUCCGCCUGCCAGGGAAUGCCAUGUUGGAUCAGGUGAAGGCCAACAUGAUAAAUGGAGUGCUGACUGUGACAAUUCCAAAGGUAGCUGAGAGUAAGCCUAAGGUCACGCCAAUCAAUAUAUCUGAAAAUUAA